GCCAGUUGUAGAAAACAUGGAGCAUUCAUUCAAUCUACCGCAAAAUAAUGCAAUACAAACGUAACAUCAAAACCCAAAACCAAAACCGAAAUUCACAUUUCACACACACACUCACACGAUCCAAACGCAAUGCUAAGAGAUGAAAUCAUUGGUUCCAAAAGCGCAAGGCACAGCACCACCGCCGCUGUAUCUUCGAAUAAGGUUCUCGUGGCGGUUAAAGCGGAGAAGGUGAUCUCAAACACCGCAUUAGCAUGGGCGCUUACUAACAUCGUUCAUUCAAGCGACUCAAUCACUCUUCUCGCUGUUUAUUCUACUGAAAAAACUGGGAGAAGAUUCUGGAAUUUUUCGAGAAUUGGUGGAGAUUGUUCGAAUUUGAAGAAACUCGCCGACGCGGGAAAGUCGCCGGAGGAGAUUUCUGAUAUCUCUGAGUCUUGCGCUCAGAUGAUUUUUCAGUUGCAUAAUCAUGUUGAGGUUAGGGUGAAGAUUAAGGUUGUCACAGGAACUCCCAGUGGUGCGGUGGCAGCUGAAGCUAGAUGGAGUGGUUCCCAUUGGGUCAUACUGGACAAGAAAUUAAAGCAAGAGAUAAAACAUUGCAUGGAUGAACUCGGCUGUAGCAUUGUGGUGAUGAAUGGCUCACAGCCUAAAGUCCUCAGACUUAAUUUAGGAGGACAUUCCAAUGAACUUCAAACUCCAUUUUUCUCUGCUCCCUCUUCACCAGGUAUAGAAAUUGGAAAGUUAAAAGGCCGCAGAUUGAAGCAUUCCACCCCAGUUGGUAGCCCUGAAGAAACAGGUUCUUCUGUUACAAGAAGUAUUGGAGUAGAUUCAGUGUCAAGUUCAGACUCAAUGACUUCUCCUUUCCUGGUCUAUAAAGAAAACCCUCUGUAUGAGGGUCACGGAUCACAAAAAAGAACAAACAAACCAACCAACGAGCCAAAGAAUUUCAACUUCAAGCCACCUUUGUACUGUAAUUUGGAAAGGGAUAGCCCUCCCCCUUCAAGGAAACUCCCAACAUCGUCUCUGGCUAGUGAUAAGAACACUGAAUUUUGGAUCCAUCAGAACCACAUUAAUAAUGAGAAGCUUCAAAGGGCUGAAAAUAAACCUAUUCAAAGAACAAAAUCUCCAAAUUCUAAAACUUUACUUGAGAAUUUCUUACACUGUGAUCAAGAGAAGAGAACAAAUGAACUCGAGUUUAACAAAGCUGAAAGUAGAAGUUAUGUCACUAGCUCAAGCAUCAGAGAAAGUCCUAUUCCUUUGGGUAGAAAUUCCUCUGUACCUCCCCCCUUGUGCUCUCAGUGUCAGAAUAUAGCACCUGUAUUUGGAAAUCCUCCUAGACGGUUUUCUUAUAGAGAGAUAGCAGAAGCUACUGACAUGUUCUCAGAUUUGAAUUUUUUGGCUGAAGGUGGAUUUGGUGUGGUUCACAAAGGAAUACUCAAAGAUGGCCAAGUUGUUGCAGUGAAACAAUUAAAAUUUAGUGGCUCUCAAGCAGAUCUUGAUUUCUGCAGGGAAGUUCGGCUUUUGAGUUGCGCACAACACAGAAAUGUUGUAUUGCUAAUAGGAUUUUGCACAGAGGAAAGUGUGAGGAUAUUAGUCUAUGAGUAUAUAUGUAAUGGGACGUUAGACCUCUGCUUACAUGGCAGAGAUAGUAUAACCUUGGAUUGGAACUCGCGGUUAAAGAUAGCAAUUGGAGUUGCACGAGGCUUACGUUACCUCCAUGAAGAUUGUAGAGUUGGUUGUAUAGUGCACAGAGAUAUUAGACCCAAAAAUAUCCUCUUAACCCAUGACUUUGAACCUCUGGUGGCUGAUUUUGGCCUUGCUAGAUGGCAAUCAGAAUGGAAUAUAAAUACAGAAGAUCGAGUUAUGGGAACUUCAGGGUACAUUGCACCGGAGUAUCUUGAUGCUGGAAUUCUUACGUGUAAAGUAGAUGUAUAUGCAUUUGGAAUUGUUUUAUUAGAGUUAAUGACAGGUCGAAAAAUUAGUGAGUUGGAACAGUUCAAUGGACAUUCAUAUCUUUCUGAAUGGUUUCACCCCCUACACAUGUUGGAUCCCAAUCACAUCUUACAAAACGUUGGAUCUCUCAACCCAUGGUUGGAUUCUGAAGGGUCACUAGAAUUUAAUCUUCAAUUGAAAGCCAUGGCACAAGCUGCUUCACUGUGCCUGUGUUUGGACCCCGACUCCAGACCCCCAAUAUCAAAGAUCCUCAGAGUGCUGGAAGGGGGCAAUCCAGUUCGUUCUUUGGGUUUAGACAUCAAUUCAGUUGGUAACAUAAGUGGUCAUUUAAGUGGUUUGAGUUCGCAUACUCCUCCUAAAGGUACAAUAAGCCAUUCUCGCAUGUUAUCACAUUGAUAUCUACUUUGGCUCUUGGGUUAGAGGAUUCUGUUGUUGUCAAUAUGGUUCUGUUCUGUUUCUGAUCUCAUGGUAACAAUUGAUCUAUUUGAGGCAUGACUAUCACUCAUAGGUACAUACAAACAUUCAGACAAGAACAUCAUUUGGUGUUGAAAAGUCCAUAUCUUAGACGUACUUAUAAAAUAUAGAUUUGUAUUUUUUAAUUUAGUCUCUCAGUCAUGAUUUUAAAUUGCGAUUGCGGUCAUGAAUCACAAAUGUGGUUGUAGUCGUUGUGAUUACGGUCACUGCACUUGGUGCAACGCACAUUGCGGCAUGAAAUAAUUUUAAUUUUCAUAAACUAUGUAAAGUUGCACCACUGUGCUACUACACUAUUUACCCAUCAUAACAUAGUUUUAAUUUUCUUUAUAAAUAA